UGAGCAACGGUGGGAGGAGUAACCAAGUUUCACUUCCUUGCUGGCUGGAGGCUCACAGCCGCGGCUUCUCCCUCCCGGCAGAGGGGAGCGUGCCUGGAGCCGCCGAGCCCUCUCCCUCUGCCUCUUAACCCAGCACCUGGAGGGGCUCAGCGGACGCGAGGGGUGCGAAUGGGCAGGGCCGAAUCUCCAGAAGGGGAGAUGAGCACCCAGGACCCUUUGGAUCUGUGGAGCAGGUUGGAUGGAGAAGCUGAGCCGCUCCAGGACUUGGGGUGGUACCACGGCAGCCUCACCCGACACGCAGCCGAGGCCCUUCUCCUCUCCAACGGACGGGACGGGAGCUACCUUCUGCGGGACAGCAAUGAAAAGACCGGGCUGUACUCUCUCUCUGUGAGAGCCAAAGACUCUGUCAAACACUUUCAUGUUGAAUAUACUGGCUAUUCACUUAAAUUUGGUUUUAAUGAAUUCUCAUCUGUGAAGGAUUUUGUCAAGCAUUUUGCAAAUCAGCCUCUGAUUGGAAGUGAGACAGGCACUCUCAUUGUUCUGAAGCAUCCCUACCCAAGAAAAGUGGAAGAACCUUCCAUUUAUGAGUCCGUCCGAGUUCACACAGCAAUGCAGACAGGAAGAACAGAGAACGACCUGGUGCCCACUGCACCUUCUCUGGGCACCAAGGAAGGUUACCUCACCAAACAGGGGGGCCUGGUCAAGACGUGGAAAACAAGAUGGUUCACUUUGCAGAGGAAUGAACUGAAAUACUUCAAAGACCAGAUGUCACCAGAACCAAUUCGGAUCCUAAACUUAACAGAAUGUUCAGCUGUACAAUUUGAUUAUUCACAAGAAAGAGUAAAUUGCUUUUGCCUAGUGUUUCCAUUCAGGACAUUUUAUCUCUGUGCAAAGACAGGAGUAGAAGCUGAUGAGUGGAUCAAGAUCCUACGCUGGAAGCUGUCGCAAAUAAGAAAACAGCUUGACCAAGGGGACAGCACAGUCCGAUCUCGGUCGUUCAUCUUUAAAUAGACCUUCUCCAGGAGGGAUGUCCUGACCCAGGAGCAAGGUGGAACAUUCCCAGUGCUGAUGCACCGCAGGCUUCAGAUGAAAGCUGACUGAGGACUUUUCUGUAGAAACAAAUCAAGCAGAGGCAGAUUUGGACCUUUCUGGACACACCAUUUUGGUGACUCACAGAAAACUGCUGCCCUUCAAGAUCCCACCAUCUCCUGAGAGUACUGAGCAUCUUCGUUCUGAUGGAGACAGAUGAACCAUCAUACCCAGGUGUGCUGGCACGUAGAACAUGCAGUGGGAGGUGAAGGGCUCUUGUUUUCCCACACUGAGGUCCCCAGGCUGGCUGAUGUUGGUUGCCUAGAGUCCCCUCUGCAUCAUGGUCAGCUCGUCACCCUCCAGGUUGUGCUAUUAACCAGGAAGGAAUCAGCUAUACAUGUACCCUGAGGCUUAGACAGCUUCCCCAGAAAGCAUUUUGAGAUAGCAGACAUCCAAGACUGGGGGAGAAGUGUUUUUGCCUUUUUUUCCCUUUAUACAAAAAAAAAAAAAAACAGUUUCCAAAAUUAAAUUGGAAAAUGUUUGUAGUAUUUAUUUUCUCAUUGUAAAAGGCUCAGCUAUCUCCUGGCUCUUUCCUUCCCCUCUAAUGACAAAUCUAUGAGAAUUAAAUAUCCUCUGGGCAAUUAGGCAGGAUGGUAAGGAUAAAGGAAGGUACAAUCUAAAAAAGCCUCUUUAUGGGUCACUCUGGGGGAAAUGUUUUAAAGACUGAGAAAAUAGAAAUUGAGGAAGGGUGAUAAAAUAAAGGUAACUGGUACUUUAACGUCAACAAUAAUAGAGCACAUGUAAGCACUAAGUAUCUGCAUUCAGCAUUUUUCAGACUGAGACUUCUCGGGGAGAGUGUGCUCUAACAAUUCCUUCACCUGAGAAGGCAGUAGGUCUUGGCCCAAGAGAAGCAAGAUGCACCUUGCGCUGCACGGAGCACCCCACACCUUACUCCAGAGCAGCUUCAGUUGCCAGUUGAGGCAGCAACACUAAGUCCACAUGCAAAAUAUAAUCAAGUAUUUGUCACACAGCAUUUUCAAGCUAGAAUAAGGGGACUACAGUAGCGGGAUGAGAUACUGGUAUCCAGAGUGAUUGGUUUCUAACCUCUUCUAUUAUCUUCAUUGAUACUGCUUUUUAAAAUUUUUAAUUUUGUUUUGCUUUUUAGGGCCGCAUUUUUGGCAUAUGGAAGUUCCUAGGCUAGGGGUUGAAUCGGAGAUGCAGCUGCCAGCAUAUACCACAGCUUACUGGCAACACCAGAUCCUUAACCCCUUGCGAGCAAGGCCGGGGAUUGAACCUGCAUCCUCAUGGAUACUAGUCAGGUUCUUAACCUGCUGAACCACAGUGGGUCCUCCCAUACUGCUUUUAGAUUGAAGUUUAAAGAGACAUCAAAGUAGAGGAAGAACUCAGAUGUCAGGGCACAGCUAUGAUACGACACUCUCUUGCAAUCCAGAGGCUCUCUUCUUACGUCUCUUUUAUUAUUUAAACAUCAAGGACUCAGAAAUUAAAUCUUGUUAAGCUUCAACCAGGUUUUCCAGUGUAUUGUUAUGUCUGUAUCCUGUGGGAUAAAGCAAAUGUCCAUUCAAAUGUAUUUGUCAAGUUUGCCAAGUGAGGAUUUAGACAGAAGUCUUCACCGAGAUGUACAGGUUUGUUUUUUCUUCUUAGAUCCAAGGGUGUUUGUGCAGGUAACAUUAUUUUUCCUUUUUGUAAAAUAUGUUUAUUUAUAGUCUUUGGUUAUGUUUAUUAAAAAGCAUGAUUUUGCUGUGCCUGAA